CUGUGCGCGCUGGUUCCCUGUAUACACGGUUUGGGCAAACUGACGCGUUUUGCGCAUUUCCUGCACUGUAGCGUUCACACACCGCUGGGAGGAGGGGGGAAGAGGCAGGGCUGCAGGAAACCGAGCACCGAUGAACAGCUAAAACGGCCCGGGAAGCUGAAGAAGAGAGAACGGAAACGGCACCUAUCAUCAGCCCUAAACCAUUUCCCCUUCAUGAGCUGGAGGUGAGAAAUAAAUCGUACCCAAAUGACCGGAGGACAAGCUGGACUCCGUCCCCGGCCUGGGGAGGAACAGUAGGACAGGAUUUCUACCACUGAGCAGCUCCAGCUUGGGCAUGUUUUUGCCCUCAUGCAGAGAUCGAGGUGCGGAAUCCCCCAUGUGAAGAUCGUUCCACUUCUUUCCCCGUUUUGACGCAUUGAUGAUCGAGCGGAUUUCCAAAUGAUUAUCCUAUUUCAUAUGGCAUGAUCUUGGGAAGCGACAUCAGCGCGCUAAAAGAAGUGAAACCCCCUUGUCUGUGCUGCCUGGAGGACCUGGAGGACUGUCUGUGUCUGUUUCACUGUUCACUUUAAAAAGGCAGACUGUGUUUGAUUGCUUAUUAGUAGUCAAGAUUUCUUUAUCCGCCCUGUUGAAUAACUCAAUAACUGUGACAGGAGAUUAAAGGUGCGGUCUGAGGAUUGGACAGCAUUAAUCUCUGACACCAUGGUGGUCUUCAACGGGCUUCUGAAGAUAAAGAUCAUUGAGGCACUGAACCUGAAACCUACAGCCUGGUCUUUAAGGCAUGCUGUUGGACCGAAGUCGCAGAGCUUUUUGCUGGACCCGUACAUUGCGCUCAAUGUGGACGACUCACGAGUGGGUCAAACAUCCACAAAGCCAAAGACAAACAGUCCUGCAUGGCAUGAUGAGUUUGUAGCUGAAGUGCGUGAUGGGCACAAAAUUGAGCUGUCGGUUUUUCAUGACGCGCCCAUUGGCUAUGACGACUUUGUGGCCAACUGCACCAUCCAGUUCGAGGACCUGCUGCAGAACAGCAGCAAGCAUUUCGAGGACUGGAUUGACUUGGAGCCAGAGGGAAAGGUGUUUGUCAUCAUCGACUUGACUGGAUCUACCAGUGAAGCAGGCAGCUUUAAAAAUGAGGAGAGAGUGUUUCGUGAGCGUAUGCGACCCAGGAAAAGGCAGGGAGCGGUGCGGAGGAGAGUGCAUCAGGUCAACGGCCACAAGUUCAUGGCCACCUACCUAAGACAACCUACCUAUUGCUCACACUGCCGCGAAUUCAUCUGGGGAGUUCUAGGAAAGCAGGGCUACCAGUGUCAAGUGUGCACAUGUGUGGUCCACAAACGAUGUCAUGAGCUUAUCAUAACCAAGUGUGCAGGACUAAAGAAGCAGGAGGACACAGCUGAGGAGGUGGGUUCUCAGCGCUUCAGUGUGAACAUGCCUCACAAAUUCAGCAUUCACAACUACAAAGUGCCCACAUUCUGUGACCACUGCGGCUCGUUACUGUGGGGGUUGAUGAGGCAAGGACUGCAGUGUAAAGUAUGUAAGAUGAAUGUACACAGACGAUGUGAAAGCAACGUAGCCCCAAACUGCGGCGUCAAUGCACGGGGCAUUGCUAAAGUGCUGUCUGACCUCGGAGUGACGCCAGAUAAAAUCUCCAGCAGCGCACAGCGGAGGAAAAAGAUUAGUCAAGGUGCAGACCCUCAGCCUCUGCCAAUAUCUCCACAAACAGAAGAUGAUCGCUCCAAAUCGGCACCCACUUCACCGUGUGACCAGGAUAUAAAGGAUCUGGAGAACAUCAGGAAAGCGUUGUCUUUUGAUCACCGUGGGGAGGAGCAGAAAUCAGAACCAGCUUCAUCCCCGAAUGAGGGCCGAUCAGCAGAGACAGGGGAGGGUCGAGAGAACGGGGAAAUAAAAAUGCUGCAGUCUAAAAGAAUGAGCCUGGAUGACUUCAACUUUAUUAAAGUGCUUGGCAAGGGCAGCUUUGGCAAGGUGAUGCUGGCUGAGCUCAGAGGCACAGACGAGGUGUAUGCCGUAAAGGUGCUGAAGAAAGACGUGAUCCUGCAAGAUGAUGACGUGGAUUGCACACUUACAGAAAAACGCAUACUAGCUCUGGCCAGAAAACACCCGUACCUGACCCAGCUUUUCUGCUGCUUCCAGACCAAGGAUCGUCUGUUCUUCGUGAUGGAAUAUGUGAACGGAGGGGAUUUGAUGUUCCAAAUUCAGCGCUCACGCAAAUUCGACGAAGCCCGCUCUCGUUUUUAUGCUGCUGAAGUCACCUCGGCUCUCAUGUUUCUCCACAGGAAUGGGGUUAUUUACAGAGACCUCAAACUGGAUAAUAUCCUGUUAGACGCCGAGGGCCACUGCAAGCUUGCUGACUUUGGCAUGUGCAAGGAGGGCAUUUUGGAUGGCAUCACCACUACUACAUUCUGUGGUACACCCGACUACAUCGCACCUGAGAUACUGCAGGAGCUGGAGUAUGGACCAUCAGUGGACUGGUGGGCCCUGGGUGUGCUUAUGUAUGAGAUGAUGGCAGGUCAGCCACCAUUUGAGGCUGAUAAUGAGGAUGACCUGUUCGAAUCCAUCCUCCAUGAUGACGUGCUCUAUCCAGUGUGGCUCAGCAAAGAGGCAGUCAGCAUCCUCAAGGCGUUCAUGACAAAGAGCCCGAAUAAGCGGCUGGGCUGUGUGGUGUCACAGGGCCUGGAGGAAGCCAUUAAAGUGCAUCCGUUCUUUAAAGAGAUUGACUGGGUGCUGCUGGAACAGAGGAAAAUUAAGCCACCUUUCAAACCCCGAAUUAAAACCAAGCGGGACGUCAAUAACUUUGACCAAGACUUCACACGCGAAGAGCCUGUGCUUACUCCAGUAGAUGAUGCCAUCAUCAAACAGAUCAAUCAAGAUGAGUUUAAGGGCUUCUCCUACUUUGGUGAAGAAGCUCUGUCCUAGGAUUUAAAAAAUUGAAUCUCCUGCAUUUUCUUUAUCUGCUACACAGUGGCAUUGUUCACCUUUGAGAACUGAAUGAAGACCAUCUACAGUGUGGGUUUACAUGUCAAAUUAAUAGUUGCUCAUGCAGCUGUUUUUUGUUUUUGUAUGUUUGUUUGUUUUUGAGUUCUAUAUUUUAGGAUUUUUAUGUUGAAGAACACAGAAGGUCUUUCAGUUGAACAAGUCAGUGCAAGUCUAUAUGAUCAUACACACACAUAUUACACACAAUCAAACACAGUGAUGAAAAUGUCUGCAUAAGCAGAUACCUUGUUCAACAUUUACAUUAAAAAGAAUCCCAAGUACUUUAGUGUAAUAAUGAUUUUAAUAAUAACUUUAUUAUUAUAAUAUCAGCUGAGGAGUUUAUUGGAGGAGUACUUUGCAUUUUGUUUGAGUCUUCUCAAGUGAAGCAUUGGGUGUUUAAUUUUCACUGGCUCAUAUGUGGCUAGUCUUAGUUUCUUCUGGAAUUAGGUAUUAUUUUAUGGCUGGAAUAUUAAUGUUAAACUUCAUUUUAAGCUGUCAGUUGAAAGUCUGCAUUCGCCUCAUACACAGUAUAUAUACAGUAGGGU